AUGCGCGAGAUCCUCGUCUUGCUGAAGCCGGACAUCGUCGCCCAUAAGUUUUUGGCCAAAGUUUGCGGUUUUUUUGGAUUUCAUGAAACGGGAGAAUGGGUUUUGACAGUUUUCGUAUGGGAUUGUUGAUGGAAAAUCAUGAUUUUAGCGAUUUAAGUUAUUCUGAAUCAUAUUUAAAAAGGAAAAUGAGUCUUUUCAAAAAAUAUAGAACAUUUUUUCUGAAGCCUUUUUUUCGAAUUCUUUUCAUCUGUUCGAUUUAUUUUUACAUUGAAAUGUUUUUCAAGUUUCGAAAAAGAAGUUGUUCGAAUUUUCUGAACUAAAAAUUUGCAGCAAGUUUAAAAAUUAAAAAAAGAAUGUCUUAGGUGUUUUAUUUUAUAACCAACUGCUUUUUUUCAAAAAUUUAAAGGAUGCUGAAUUUUCGAGAAACGAGUAUCGGAGCGAUUGAAAGAAAGUUUUUGUUUUCGACGAGUUCUAAAUCUGUCCUGUGGUUUUCAAUAUGUCUGAUCAUUCUUCUGAAUACUAAAAAAGCCUCAUUUUUCAUCUCAAGUUGAAGGAGCUGAAAAAAGGAACAUCCAGCCUUUGAAGUAUAGUAGUUCCCCAGAUCGGAAAUGUUGAAAACAAUAUUCGAUUUGCCUGUUUGGGCGAAUGAGCGGUGGGAAAUUGAUCGAAUUGAAAGUUUCGGGCCGAUUUGCAUCCGCAGCGCGUGACCUCGUUUCAGUGGCGCGUGCGACGACGAUCAUCCAAGUCCCCCAAAACCAAACAAUAUAAUUAAUCGCCCCUUUUUUACAAAAUAAUAGAGACGGGUUCGGUGUUCAGUAGGAGUGGUGUUAGAUGAGACCCGGAAAAUCGCUCCUUCUGAGUAAAAUUAAAAAAUCGAAGCACGACGAUUGAAGGAGAUGGAAGUGUUCAGAAGAAAGAAAAAAACUAUAUAGUUCUUGUUGUCAGAUGGAAGAAUAGUUCAUUGAUGGCUCACUCUGUGUGAAAUCUAUUUGAAGACUGCAUUUUACCUUUUUUAAGGAAAGUUUUGUGAAACGAUUUGAUGCCUCUUUUUUUAACAUCAGCUUUGAAUUUUUUUUUUCUAAGAAUCCGUAUUAGAGAAGAGAAGACUUUGAUAGUAUACACAUCAGUUUUUUUCUAUAUCAAAAUUCCAAUCACCGAUGGCUCGGAGGAUUCCUAAUUUUUUUGAAAAAAAUGGGGCGUUGAAGCGAUUUCCUACCGGAUCCUAAGCUGUAGAAACACUCGGAAACUUGAAAAAAAUGCCUUGAAAGCUAUCGUUUGCCUCAAAAAAAGUAUUCAAAAUCCUUUAAUUUAUUUUUUUCGAUGAGCCAGAAUAUUUUUGAAUAGCUUCCUUUUAUUAAAAAAAUUUAACCCCUCAAGUUUUCUUAGAAUGUCUUUAAGUUCCCGGGACUUUGACAUGUAAAAAUCUGGAAAUUUCGAUCUAAAUCAAGCCUCCGUCUUUCUGUCUGAAAAUUUUCAAGGACAUCAAAACUGAAAAAAAAAACAUUUUGAACUCGAAGAAAGAAAAAAUGAAAUCCUACAGUAACCGCCUUCACCACAAGCCCUAAUCAAUCCAUAGCUUUCACUUUUUUCUCUCUCUCCGUAUGUCGGAUGGAUCGGAACGAACCAAUCAAACCCAACCGGAGAAGAAUUUAAAAGAGAAAAGAGAGACCGAAUCAUUUCGAUGCAUUUUCUGUGUGUCUGUGUGCUGACCCAGAUUUUUAGCGUCGGCGCGCAUUUUCACUUCACAGAGACUUCUCCAUGGGCGCUUUCCGAAGCGGCCCGAACAAAAGAAUUGAAUUGGGAAGGAAAUUCUUCCAGGGGAUCAUCGGCGAAAAUCAAACAGUCCUAUGCAAAUGAACCGUUGACCGUCAAUUAAGGACCAAAUAACUUUUUUUUUUUUUGAGAACCCAGGUGAUUCAGCGCUGAUUCAUUGUUCCUGGCAGAUUAUUGAGACAGUGUGGAAAAAGAAUACAGCCUGUUUUCGUGAUAAGGUAAAUCUGGAUGAGUUAUACAUUUCUUCAAAGGUUUUUAAGUGUUUUCUAAAUUUUACCAGUUGAAAAAUCCUUUUUUUAAUAUUUUUUUUUCACGAGUUCGUCUGCUAGACCUAUGCCUAAGCCAUAUGCCUUAAAGCGGCUGAAUCUAAAUUAGACCCUGACUGUGGGACCUAGAGUCAUUCCAAGUGCAGCCAACGCGUUUCAUUUUAAGGCAAAUCUUUUAAGAUUGGCUGAAAUGAAUGAAAACAGAGAAAAAUGAAAUAAUGUAAUGAAAGAGGAGGUCAGCGUCCUUUUUUCCGUGUACCUUGAAAAGUUUUUGAGUAGAGAAAGUGAGCGAAUCAAGAGAUUCGAGAGUUUAAAAAAUCAGAGUUUUAAGUGGUCCCCAGUACUUUUCGUCAUUUUCUAUCCCCCCUUUUUUCUCUAAAGCUUUUGACCACCACCACCGGGAAAGAGAAGGAAGUUUGGCUAACGGACACUCAAAAAGCGCCACCAGCCAAACAUUGGAAAGAAGGCUUUCUCAGCCCAAUCUAUUUUUUGUCUCUGGAGGAGGCUUUUGAUUCGGCGACGGCGCGCGCGGAAACCGGAUUUGGUCUGUCCGUUGGUCCUUUUUUUGCGCUGUUUUUCUCGCCGCCACCGCCGCCACUGAGCGACAACCACAGAUUCGACUUGUCGGUGUGUUUGGAGAGCAAUUCGGUUGGGAAAUGCGGGAAUUUUAGUGUCAGAAUGAUUUAAAAAUCGGUUUUCUCUUUUGAGGUUUAUUGUUCCAAGUAGGGGAAGGGAAUGGUAGGAGCGAGGUUCAGUUAAACUUUCAGUGGAAACAAAAGUUUACACCAAAAAAAGAAAAAUAAAUGAGUUUCCCCCUUCAGGUGACCCUUGCGGAGAUUCUGGCGGCUGGUGUCGAAGUUCGUGGCGCCAAGAAGGUCCGACUGACGGAUGACACCGCCCGACAGCUUUACGCCGUUCAUCGAGGUAGAAAUUUUUAAGUUGAGAGAUCUUUUCUGGGAAUAACUUAUACAUCUCUGAAAAAAGGCCGAGUUUAGGGAUUUUUUCGAAAUGAUUAAAAACAUGAAGGGUUUAUAUGUCCCGAUGGAGAAAUGAAAUACUGCAGACACUUGAUUGAUACAGUAGAUUUUUCAGUUACUGUAGAAAUACACAGCACGGUAAGUUGUUUUGAAAUUUUUGUUUCAAAAUAAGUCAUAGUAAUUUUUCACCGUAGACUUUUGACUGCUGUAAAUUCUUCUGAAGCUCACAUUGGGUUACAAUGGCUUCAUCAAAAGAGUUCUUUUCCUCGCGGUUUUUGUCUAUUUUGAAGUGGAUGUCACGUCUUCGUGUUUCCUGUGCCUUUCUUUCACAUCUUCUUGGCUUCCGAGAUUUUCUGAUGUGAUCGAUGAAAGUGAUCGGAAAAAAGAAAAGCUGAAACUGCUCACUUUUUAAAAUAAAUUUUGUCUCAAACGAACGAGAGGUAAACUUUCCGUGACUUGGAGACUCAAUAAUUGUGAGUUUUUAUGUUUUCUAUGGUCUCGUCCUAGUCACGUUUCUCUUUUUAUAUUGAUUUUGAACCUACGUCUUCAAGUAUCUUAAUUGUUUUCAGAAAAGUUCUUCUACCAACGUCUCUUACGUCACGUAACCAGGUGAGGAUUAAAUUUUCUAACGAAAAAAAAAAUAGGGGAGAACCGAAAAACAAAAAAAAAAACAAGUGCAGCGGUGACGUGAUCGCGAUGAAAGUGGUCGGCGACGUGCGAGCCGUGAUCGGCGGCAGCAAGACCUGGCCCCGCGACUACGAGGCCGGCCUGACGACGCGACAACGCUUCGCCCUCUCCGACGUCAGGAACGUCGCCCACGCGUCUGAUGCUGAGGAGGCGCCACGCGAGUUGUCGCUCUUCGAGCCUUUUCCGGCAUUCACCCAAGGCUUGGCCAUUUUUGAUGAUAGAGCUCAGAUUGCCUGA